AUUGGGUUUUGGCGGCGGUUCGUCUCGCUGACGGUCGUGGAUCUCAGAGGCGCGCGCAUGACGUCGCUCCCGGACGAGAUCCAACACUGCAUCACGCUUCAGGAGAUGCGCGUGGACGGGAACAGGCUGAGGGCGAUCCCGGACGUGUCGCGGACCGCGUUCGAUCUGCGCGUUUUAACCGCCGCGGAGUGCGAGCUCUCGACGGUUCCGGAGUGGCUCGGCGCGUGUCGCAAACUUCACACGCUGGAGCUCGGGCGGAACAAGAUAACGUCCCCGAUCGUGUCGUUACGCGAGUGCGUCUCGUUGAGAGUCCUGGAUAUCUCGUCGAACGACGUGCGCGCGCUCCCGGAGUUGCCGCGCGGGUUGACGAGGCUCCUCGCGAGCGAGAACAAAAUCGACGACGUCUCCGCCGCGACGUCGUGCGCGGACAUCCACACGCUCGACGCGGAGCGGAACAAGAUCACGUCGCUGCCGGACGACAUCGCGGAGCUGCACAAGCUCGUGGUCUUGAAGGUUGCCAAGAAUUUACUGAGGAGCGUGGACGCGCCGAACAUGGAGUUACGGCACACGCCGAAUUACGCCGUCACCUUGGACCUCGGGAACCGAGGGCUCCUCCACGCGCCGACGAUUCAUCCGCACUUUCCGUCGCUCACGACGCUCGACCUGUCGCACAACAGCAUCGGGUUCUUACCGAGCCACGUCUCCGAGCUCACCGCGCUCGAAGUCUUGCGAUUGAACGACAACUUCAUCACGUUCUUGCCCGACUGCUCGAAGAUGAAAAACCUGCGCGAUUUGCGCGCGCACUCGAACCGACUCAUGAGCGUCCACGCGAGCGUGUGCACCCUGCGUCAGCUCGAGACGCUCUACAUCGGCAAGAACCCGCUGAGCGCGCUGCCGGACCUGACGCCGUGUCUGAAGCUGAAGACGCUGUGGAUGGCGGAGUGUCGGUUCGAAUCCCUGCCGCUUCACAUCGCGGACUGCCCGUCGCUGACGAACUUUUACGCCGAGGGCAACCCGUUG